CUAGUUAAUUUAAUGUUACCUACAUUCAUAUUUUAUUUUGCUCUUUACGUUAAAUUUGGAACUAUUUAAUAUCGCGCACGUAUUGAGAGUCGUGCAGGUAUUGGGAGUUAUGAUUAAGUUUGGCGGAGUGAUACACAUACGAUGUGAGAUGCCACUAUUGUUGUCGACGUCACGGUCAGGUCAGUUGCCCUACGUUCUUUGUCAGCCGUUCAAGUGGAUCAAGUGACCAACGGAAGCCCUUUAAUAGCGAAUUCAGUUACCAUUAAGUUUAUAGGUGAGACAGGAGAGAGAAAUAUGCCUUAUAAUAGCUUUUAUAUUCUGAAUAUUUGAUGAAAUGUUGCCAUAUUGUUGAUUUAUUAAUAAAGUGCAAGAAAGUCGGUUUGGUUUAUGACUAUUUCCUGUUGUGAGUGCGGAACUUUACAAAAUUAAAAAAGUUUCAUGAUAUACUACGUUAUUUUCAAUCUUGACUAGAAUUAACAUAUAUGGCAACAUGUAUGUUUUAAGUUUCUUUUCUAAGGAUAUGGGAUAGACACACCCAGGAGGUAGACGCCUCCUCGUCGUCACCUCCCAUCACAAUCAUCUUGGCCUACGUCAUCAUUCUGUCUGAGAAGGGAGGCUAGCUAAAGCUGAUGUAUCCUAUCUGCGGCUUCUGUCAGUGUAAACAUGUAGCCCUCUCACCGCUUUAAACGCAUUGCCAUUAAACAGCGUCUCCUAGUUGUUGACCACAUUGACAGUAAUCCGGACAACGAUGGCUGUGUCGCUGGAAGUAGCCGUGUCGGAACCCAGGCGGUGUAACGUAGUGUUAGCUUGAUAACAAGCUAACACUGAGUAGCUAGCUAACUAUCGGGCCGUGUUUGUGUGAAGGCUGGCCUUGCUAAUUAGACAGCUAGCUUCCAGUUGGCAGCCAUGGAGGGCUAAAUCAAGGUUAGCCAAGAAAGAGAGGAUGGACAGUAAUGCAAUCUAACAAGGACACAUCAAGAAGUGGAGGAAAAUAUGAGUAAAUCCAGAAGUGGAGGUGCCUCGUCACCUGUGAAUGGGAAGCAAGACUGGGACACCAGGCGGAAGAGGAAAAUCGCGGACAUCACACAGGCCCUCAGUGUGAAUCCAGUGGAUGUGGCAGCUCUGAGGAGGAUGGCCAUUAGUGAAGGAGGUCUGCUGACUGAUGAGAUACGCUGUCAAGUCUGGCCUCGGCUUCUCAACGUUCCUCCUCAAGUCCUGGAGCAAGAGCCAGAAAGGGUAGAGCGGGAGAAUAACAAGGACUACAACCAGGUGCUGCUGGACGUCCAGCGCUCGCUCCGAAGGUUCCCACCUGGUAUGCCAGAUGAGCAGAGGGAGGGUCUCCAGGAAGAGCUAAUUGACAUCAUCCUCCUAGUUCUGAAACGCAAUCCCCAGCUGCACUACUACCAAGGAUACCAUGACAUUGUUGUCACCUUCCUAUUGGUCCUGGGAGAGCGCCUUGCAACUGCUCUUGUGGAAAAGCUCUCCACACACCACCUCAGGGACUUCAUGGAUCCUACCAUGGACAACACAAAACACAUUCUCAACUAUUUGAUGCCCAUCAUCGAGAGGGUCAACCCUGAGGUGCACGACUUCAUGCAACAGGCUGAAGUGGGGACCGUCUUCGCUCUCAGCUGGCUGAUCACCUGGUUCGGCCACGUCCUGUCAGACUUCCGCCACGUCGUCCGGUUGUAUGACUUCUUCCUGGCCUGCCAUCCACUGAUGCCCAUCUAUUUUGCUGCUGUGAUUGUACUGUACAGAGAAGAGGAGGUGUUGGAGUGUGAGUGUGAUAUGGCCAUGGUUCAUCAUCUGUUGUCUCAGAUUCCUCAGGAUCUGCCCUAUGAAACACUCAUCAGUCGAGCUGGAGACCUCUUUGUCCAGUUCCCUCCUUCUGAACUGGCCAGAGAGGCUGCUUCACAUGACAGCAUGGCAGCCUCUACCUUUAAGGACUUUGACCUUGCGUCCACGCAACAGCGGCCAGACUCUGUUCUCCGUCGCCGACGCAGACAGAAACAGGCCGCGCUGGAGAGCUCGGCUGCGAACGCAGUAGUGGCAGUGGCCCAACCUUCAGCAGCACGGCGGUUUGUUCGACUGGCCGUCAUGGGUCUCACCGUGGCUUUAGGGGCAGCGGCUCUCGCUGUGGUCAACACUGCCCUGGAGUGGGCCCCUAAGCUGGACCUGUUUCCUUGAACUGCUCCUCUUUAACGCCAGCACUCCACCGUAUCUGUGCUUGACUGUAUCUAGCUGGUGGGUCUGUUUCCAAGAACCCUUUAAUUAAUGAAACCACAAACCUUGCAGUCGAUAACACUGUCUGGAGUCUGCUCUGUAAACUGAACCAGUUAACGCUCCUCUCUCGUCUCCUAGGAUGCAUCUUUACAUCCUAUGUAGGGCUUCUCAGGCUCCAGCUGAAGGUCCUUUUUAUGACUCCUAAAGAGCGUGCACCAGUGUAACAGCAACAACUGCUGGUGUUCUGAAAUGAAGCGUCCAUCCUGUAUAAUGAAGAGACUGUUUUUCUAAGAACUAUUACUGACGGUGUCAUUAUCAAAGUUUAUUUAUAUUUGGUAUUAUCUGGUAUUGAGUUAUGCUCACAGAGAUUUAUGCUGAAAGCUUGGUGGACUCACUACACUUGAAACUGCUGCCAAUUAAGAGAGCUGGAGUGAAUGUAUGAGAGUGUGUGUGUGUAUGUGUGUUUGUUCGGUCGCGUGGUCGCAACCCAUUUGUUAUCUAUUUGAUACCUGGACUGAGACCAAAUCGAGGAUUGUUAUAAUCCUUUCUUUGUAUGAUUUACAGUUUAUUAAUUUAUAGGUAUGUUAGCGGCUGUAAAGAGAUACGCUCAUGACACACAGGCACUUUUUAAGGUCGUCAUUUUAUUAUGUUUUAGUUCAUUUUGUCCUCUUUAAAGUUGUUCGAAUAAACCUUUUUAGUCAAGAAAAGUAUUGUUCUUUCUGGGGUUGAGUAUCUUUAAAGGUAUACUAUGCAAGAAUUGUUGGUUACUAUCGUAAACACAACAAUCAGACUUGUCCCCUCCCCCCUACAGUGUUUACACUUACACUGCAAUCUACUGUACCAUUGUAGGAACGUUAAAUUUGUUGCAAUGGAAAAGCCUAAACUUUGGCGAGCUAACUAAGCUAACCAUCGGUGUUCACUACCUUUAUGCUACCUUUCAAACACACAAAACAGGCCAACUCUGCAUACCUCUUCAGCCCCAUCUUCUCCUACAAUGUGAAAGCCAACCCCAGAUUCACACAAGCUUCACACAAGUUGGGACAAGCUUUGUCUGCUUGGCGUUCUGCCUCGCUACAUUUGCAUUUUUUCUUUCUUUUGUAGCUUCCUCCUACUAUAGAUUUUAUAAAGUCCCAACCUCACCUGUGCUGUUUUUGGCAGAGGGCUACACGCACAAAAAUGUCCUGACAACAGCAAAAAAAUUAAGAAUACAGGCAGAGUACGUUUUUUUUUUUCUUCAUUUAUUCGUUCAUUUUCUGUAACCGCGUAUCCUGUUAGCGGUCGCGUCGGGGCAGAGCCUACCCCAGCCGACAUUGGGCAAGAGGCGGGGUACAUCACGGACAGGUUGCCAGACUAUGGCAGGAAAAUCUUGCAUAGUAUACCUUUAAAACACGUCAACAGUCGCCACCCUUGACUACAUAUUUUAAUUCUGGCUCAUGGUUGCGGUCAGCUAAAGUCACCUGUAGGACGUUUUAAACAAAAUGUUAUUGUUAUCAAUGUAGCCUGCCUGAGACACCAUUUUGUUUCCCUAAACAUCAGAGGAAUAGGCUGCAGAAUAGAGUACAACUUUCAAUGUCCAGGAAAUAAAAACUCGACCAUAUCGAAAUUGCUCUCUAGUUAUUUACUCAUUGAAUUGUUGGGUAGUACAACUUUAAAAAUGUGUCUGUGUUUCAUGGCGCCUGAUGACUGGCAUAUGUUUUCUGCGUCACUUUUUCUGGAGUAGAUGAUUAACUCUCUCCUCAUAUUUCAGCAACACACUCACUUAAUGCCUAGUAACAGAAAAUAUCAGAGCUGGGAUAAACAGCAAGUAAAUGAAGUAGAUACUCUUUGGGUUGGCACAGUGGGGGACCCAGUUUGCACUGACGGCAUUAGUUUUACAAAAUCACUGAAGGAUUAUUUAGAUAGGUGCUUUUCUCACUCCUGAUGUAAGGGUGCUCAUCUCUGGAAGAAAAGAAAGCACCUGAGCCUUCAAACUCAUACUAUCCAAGGUUUUUGUUUUAAACAUGAAUUCAGCUUUAACACAUGCCAUUUAGUUAGUUGAAUUGCUUAGCAUACACAUUUCAGAGACAGUCCAGCUCAUUCCAACGUUCCAGUCAUUUUCACUCAAUCACAUUUUUAUAGUAACGGGAUCGCUUAGGUUUUAGUGGUGUGGCACUUGCCUGAAUAGCCAAGUCUUAUCAGUAAAUACAUAGCGAAUAGUUUGUCAGAGCACUUCAUUCUAAGAUGGUGAAUCGGGGUCGUCUGUAAUUUUUAUGAUGUAUGUUGCUUAACAGAAAAUCUGCAGAAUUAUCGAUUUAGUUCGAGGUCACCUACAUUGUACGGCACAACAACCAGUCAGCUAGAAGUAGUCACGUCAGUUGACAUGUUGAGAGAAGUCGUUGUUGCCAUUUUAGGAACUGAAUACUCGGGCAUCCCAUUCGUAUUAUUACGGUUGAUUGGUUUAUUGCCUUUGUAGUGAAACACUGCUUCAGCUGGUCAGGGAUCUGCUAACUGAAGACAUUAAAAGUGAUCUGGAACGUGUCCAAUGAUGCUCGUGAGGUUCUUGAGACUGUAGUUGUUCAGCAGUAUUUAAAUGCACCAUGUAUCUGCACUCGGUUUUCAUUUACUGUCAUUGCACUAAAUGAUUUGUCUGCCUUUUAUGUUUAUUUUGUUAUAAUGAAACUGUCAUACUAAUGUAAAGUUGUACAAGAGAAUGCUAAUAAACUAGAGUGAAAAUGUUCAA